AGAUGGCGUCUUCCUCAGUAAAUGGGUCAGCUACGGCGUCUGGGAAAUCUGAAUUUCGACACCAGAAGCUGAAGCCGGAGAACCGAGAUGAAGCAGAGCUCCUCACUGUUCCUGAUGGUUGGAAGGAACCAGCCUUUUCCAAAGAGGAUAAUCCCAGAGGACUUCUAGAGGAAAGCAGUUUUGCAACUUUGUUUCCAAAAUAUAGGGAGGCUUACUUGAAAGAAUGCUGGCCAUUGGUACAGAAAGCCUUGAAUGAACAUCACAUUAAAGCAACCCUGGACCUGAUCGAGGGCAGCAUGACGGUUUAUACAACAAAGAAGACUUUUGAUCCAUACAUCAUCAUUAGGGCCAGAGACCUAAUAAAACUUUUAGCAAGGAGUGUUUCAUUUGAACAGGCAGUUCGAAUUCUUCAGGAUGAUAUUGCAUGUGACAUCAUUAAAAUAGGUUCUUUAGUACAAAAUAAAGAAAGGUUUGUAAAAAGAAGACAACGGCUUAUUGGUCCAAAAGGAUCUACACUGAAGGCAUUGGAACUCUUAACAAACUGUUACAUUAUGGUUCAGGGAAACACGGUUUCUGCCAUUGGACCUUUUAGUGGCUUAAAAGAGGUUCGAAAAGUAGUCUUAGAUACUAUGAAGAAUAUUCAUCCAGUUUAUAACAUUGAAACCUUAAUGAUUAAGCGAGAGUUGGCAAAAGAUUCCGAGUUAAGAUCACAAAGUUGGGAAAGAUUUUUGCCACAGUUCAAACACAAAAAUGUGAAUAAACGCAAGGAACCAAAGAAAAAAACUGUUAAAAAAGAAUAUACACCAUUCCCACCACCACAACCAGAAAGUCAGAUUGAUAAAGAAUUGGCUAGUGGUGAAUACUUUUUGAAGGCAAGUCAGAAAAAGCGACAGAAAAUGGAAACAAUAAAGGCUAAGCAAGCAGAAGCUCUCAGUAAGAGACAAGAGGAAAGAAACAAGGCUUUUAUUCCGCCAAAAGAAAAACCAGUUGUGAAACCUAAGGAAGGUUCUACGGAAAUUAAAAUUGAUGUGGCUGCCAUCAAGGAAAAGGUUAAGAAGGCAAAGAAUAAGAAACUGGGAUCACUUACAACUGAAGAAAUUACACUGAAGAUGGAAGCAGAUGAAAAGAAAAAGAAAAAAAAGAAGUAACAGACCACAAAAAAAAAAAAAAAAAAAAAUCCUGAACUAGAAUUUGCUAAGUUAUUUCCUUUUGUAAAAGGAUUUUGAGAUAU